GCGCGGAGCAAGGUGCGGGGGGAGGGGAGCGGGCCGGGGAGGGGAGCAGUGCGCCUCAGUCUCUCUCUAGAGCGAGUCCAGGGCUGCUGCCCGACUAGGCGUUCCCAGCGCCCUGCUUGCCACUGGCCCGAGCCUCCCCUCACCAUGGUAGACAGGGGCCCCCUGCUGACCUCUGCCAUCAUCUUCUACCUGUCCAUCGGGGCAGCGAUCUUCGAGGUGCUGGAGGAGCCCCACUGGCGGAAGGAGACGGACAGCUACAAGCGCAAGAAAACGGAGCUGCUCCAGGAGUUUCCCUGCCUGGGCCAGGAGGGCCUGGAGAAGAUCCUGCAGGAGGUGUCAAAUGCUGCUGGGCAAGGGGUUGCUAUCACUGGGAACAACACUUUCAACAACUGGAAUUGGCCUAAUGCUGUUAUCUUUGCUGCUACAGUAAUCACUACAAUCGGCUAUGGAAAUGUUGCUCCAAAGACGCCCGCUGGACGUGUCUUCUGCGUAUUUUAUGGCCUCUUUGGAGUUCCUCUCUGCUUGACAUGGAUCAGUGCCUUGGGAAAGUUCUUCGGUGGGCGUGCCAAAAGGCUAGGCCAGUUCCUAACAAAGAGAGGAGUAAGCCUGCGAAAGGCACAAAUUACAUGCACAGCUAUUUUCAUUGUCUGGGGAGUUUUAGUUCAUCUGGUCAUUCCUCCCUUUGUCUUUAUGGUGACUGAAGGCUGGAACUACAUUGAAGGUCUCUAUUUCUCAUUCAUCACAAUCACCACCAUAGGAUUUGGAGACUUUGUGGCUGGCGUAAACCCGAAUGCAAACUACCAUGCCCUUUACAGAUAUUUUGUGGAAUUGUGGAUCUAUCUGGGCUUAGCUUGGCUUUCACUCUUUGUCAAUUGGAAGGUCAGCAUGUUUGUGGAAGUCCACAAAGCAAUCAAGAAAAGGAGGAAAAAAAGAAAAGAGUCCUUUGGAAACCACUCUCCCUCUAAAAAGUCUCUCCAGAUGGGCAGCUCCAAGGAUGUGAACAUCUUCAGCUUCCUUUCCAAGAAGGAAGAAACUUACAAUGAUCUCAUCAAGCAGAUUGGAAAGAAGGCUUUGAAGACAAGCAAUGAGAAAAUGAGUAAAGCAGAAAAUGCCAAACCAAAUAUCCAGCAUGCCAACAAGGAUGCCCAGGUGAUAUACACAAAGAGGAAAUCCUUUGAUUUUGACAAGGUGUCCCUGGGACUUAGAAAUGGCCAUGUCAUGAGGCACCUAAAUGACAAAUGCACUGGAGAGAGUCAUCUGGAGGACACCAUGUUUGUAAACCAGCUAGACCGGAUCAGCGAGGAAGAAGGGGAAACUUGGGACUCCAGGGAUAACCGACCCCUGAUCUUAGAAAGUGCCAAUAUAACUUUUGUAAAUGAGGAAGAAGACGAUGAGGAAGAUCUUUCAGAUGAUGAGGAAACUUCAAAGUCCUCCAUGGAUGACAAUCUUGCAGAGGAACCUGAGACUCCCAAAAAACUGGUGAAAUUCCCAUCCUCUGAUGAAUCUACCUGUACGAGUAACGAGUCAGAGAUUUCAGUGCCUUAUGAACAACUAAUGAAUGUGUACAACACAGUAAACAAUGUAACAGCUACAACAUGAACCAGCACAUGUUUUAGCAAUGGUUUUUUGAAGGUGAUUAAUACUGUCUGUUCAGAACUUACGCAGAAGGAAGGCAAAUGUAUUAGCACCUUCUCUUUCUAACACCAAACCAAAAACCUCUUAUGUCUUAAUGUCAUCAAAAGUUGUUUGCUUUUGGAGUCCAAUCAAUCAGCUUUGCUUGUCUGUGUUAGACCAGUUACAAGAUGACAAUUCAAAGCUUAACGCAUCUUCCUUCCUCUUGGGACUCUAGUUCUUUGAAGUGGGAGGAAAUGACUAAAGUUGUUACACUGGGCCUAUUUUUUUGUGCUUUUUAUGGGAGAAUUCAUUUGUUGUGAAACUAUCCAGUUGCAGACAAAUUGGUUUAGGCAUAUAAACCAUGGUAGAUUACUGAACUAGGUGUUCACCUCUGGAAAGGUGGAUACAAGUCCUGUGUGGAUCACAAGUGAAAAUAAAUUUGGGGUCUUAUUCCAGCUACCCAUUGCCAACUUGCUAUCGCUAGAUGUGGCAUAAUUGGUAGCGUCUCUCUAAUAGAAGUUUGGGACUAGAAUAGUAGGAUGUACUUAAGGUCAGAGUUGAGGUGCAUUGGCAACAGUAAGUAAAGAAGCAUCAAAGUGCUAUCAUGGUGUUUGUCUGGAUUAUGCCAAUGCUAUUAGUAAAUGGUGAGCAGUAAAUUUAUGAACAAAAGUAUUAAACUAAAAACACCAAAGAAACUGGUUUAGAGAGAGCCUGUUUAGCAAACAAAAACCUACCUGGGACAAAAUCAUCCUUAGGGGCAUGAAAAGCACUUGUGGUUAAAGUUCACUGUGUCCAGUAGCCAAGAACUGUACAAGGCCUGCUUGAUCAACAUAGAGGAGCACAAAAGAUAUGACAGACUUUUUACAUUGCAAGUGUCCUUCUACGGUCCAUAGUCUAAAGAAAAUACUUGAAUACACUUUGUCUGUAGAGAUGAAGUUUUAGUUUCUCUCUCCUUUUUAACAAAAUCACCUUUUUUUAGUAGUUGAUCCUGUCUCCAUGUUUCAAUGCCUGUCGAAUGGACCUGAAGAGCUGCUACAGAAACCUGUACAAUAUGACCAGUAUCUCUGUUUUAGAUAUCCUUGCUGUAUCUCCCCAAUUUAGUACUUCAGAUUAGAUUUAGAGUUGAGAUCGUUUUAAAAACAGUCGCGUUUUGCUUAUGGUAUUUUUAAAAGCAUGAUCCAUGUGGGUAUUCAGUUAGAUAUCCUGUUGACAAGAAGUUCUGAAGCCACCUACUGUAAAACCAGGAAUGUCUGUAUUGAUUGCGCUUUGGAAAUUGGUAUUAUGUUCAUGAACGUAUAACCUGAUUGUAACAAAGGGCAAGAUCCUGCUCUGUUUAAAAAAUGUUGAGGGGAAAAGUAGAAUUAACUGAAUUGGUUUCAGCAGUUAUUCCACCUUUACAGUGUCAUAGUGGAAGAGGGAAUCUAGCUCAAAGCAUAAUUUCAUACUUUUACUGCUUUUUGGAGUCUUGAUGAGUAGAUACAUCAGAUUUGCAAUAGACAAGAACAAGUGAGUGUUUGUACUAGGAUGGUUUUGAUGAAUUAUAAUAGGUCAUUUUUUCACAGCCUUUUAUGACUCCAGCCCUUCAGGUAUGCCUCCUUGUGUAGAGAGUCAUGGAUAACAGGUAUAUCUUAGUGCCACUGAGGGUUUUUUCUAACCAUAAGAAAUGAGGCAGGGCCCCAUUUAUGGAGGUGUGACUUUACUGUAGCAGGUCUUAUAGUCUCAUUUUAAAAAAAUGCACAUCACUUGGAAAAAAAAAACACUCCAAAAACUGUUCUUGUUCUCCAGCUUGUCUUCCACUGUUGACACCAAAAUCAAAAGCUCUAGUGACAGUUACCUGCGGGUUAAGGUAGGGGAGAAAGGCACACCAAAGAGAUAACGAAAGUAAGUCUAGCUGCUCGGUAUUCUAUGUUAAAUAGAGAAGAGAAGCAGCCAAAAUGUGGUCUGUAGAGUUUUAGAAUAUGGUUCUUUAAUACAGGAAUUACAUGACCCAGACACUUUGCUUGGCUACUCUGACUGACUGAGAUAGAAUGUUGUACCUUGGAAUUUAUAACCUCCAUAUCCAAAUGCAUCUGUUUUUAGAGAUGUAGAGGGACAUAAUCUGUUCCAUGUUAUCAAAUUAGUUGCAGCCUUCUGCCAUGCUGCUGACAUGGCUCUUGUUUGGACUUUCCUGACCUACAGUAUAAAAGUCUACAGUAUAAACACCAUGGAUUUUCAGAUACUGAUUAACUUUCCUGGAACUAAAUGCAGAUUUUUUUUUUUUUUUUGAGACAAACACACCUGAUAGUAUUGUGCUCAAGACAGCCCACCCAUGUGCCUUACCGUAAAGCUAUUGAGCAAAAUUCACCUCUUUGCAGUGGGCCAGCACAAGGGCUGUGCACCAAUUAAAUCCUGCUUUGCAUCCACAGAUUAAGUAGAAUUGAAUUGGUAUAUUGCAGAGGGCCCACACAAAAGCAAAGAGGUGAUUUUUGUUUCCCUAAGUAUUCUUCAGAUCCUAGUGCCAUCUCAGAAUUGCUUGAGUUCUAAGCCAGCCAGCUGUCUCUGUCAUCCGUGUUUUAGCAAAGUAAUAGUCUGGGGCCAAAACUAGCAUUGUCUCCUUGCCCUUUGAGCCACGUGUAGUGAACCAGACGUGUGCCCGAUGUUUUAGCUCUUGAUCAUAAAAGUGCCUCUAGCUAGUAUCAAUUCCCAGAUGCUGCUUGGGGAAAAUUUUGUAUAAUGUGAAGUAGUUCAAAGAAACUUAAGUUUACGAUUUACCACCAUUUAGAAUUUGACUGGGGUUUGUGAACCGAGGCUGUGCUUUGUUCUUCAGUAAUUUCAGUUUUAUAAAUGGGAUUAUGUGGUCAGCUGCUAACUUUAAUAAAAACAUGAAUGGCAGAUAUAGAUGUAUGUAGAGGGGAAGUCCUUCCAGCUGACUAAUAACUGUUAACCUACUUCUAGCCAUCUCUGGGCCAUUAAAUUUGAAUGUGGUUUCCCCUUUCAUGCCUGAUUACCAUUUGCCAAGAUGAUCUAAGGCUGUAAAAGACAUUGGCACUCACAACAGGGUCUUGUGAUGAAGACUACAUCCAAAUUAUAAAGACAAGGCAGACUCAUCUUCCACUUAGCUCUCGAUCAGUGUUAUUCCCUUUGUCUUGCGCCAGUUAGGGUUUCAGUGGUGUCUGUUUUGUGGCAGGCAGACUAAUAAAUCUGAUACAUUGGUACAAAACUGCUGAGUAAUAGACAAAAUGAGCAUGGGUUCUUCCAAUGCUGGGGUUUUGUGUGAAUCUGUUGCUGCCAAUGAAUGUCAUAAACUUAAAACCAGUGCUUACUGACCUUGUUAUCCUACAUAAGAUCUGACUCCUCUUCAUUUGAUUUCAGUGUUACAUAUAAAAAUAUACCACCAUUCUCAGUAAAAUAGGAAUUUAAAAAACACAGAAGCCCUAAUGCCCUUAAUAGGAGCUUGAGAGCUCUAUCUUUUCUAUAUUCUUCUUGCCUUCUAGGCUUCAGUCUACUAAGAGACCCUAAGGUCUGUGCAGCCCCGGUGAUCUCAUUUCUGUCACUCCGUCACAUGAACACGUCUGUUUGUUCUUUGUGUGUUUGGUGAUUGUCACUGGAAUCACAAUGUAUGUAAAUAUUGGAUGACUCUGUCAAAUGUAAUUUAUUUUAAUAUUUUGCAAUAAAACGUGAAUUGUG